AUGAGUCCCUCAGGUGUAACGCGCAAAAGACCCGCUCCUGGCACAUCCCCAAUUGUCCACCCCCAGCUCAACGCAGUCUCAAACUACCCUUCGGGUACCGGAUCUCAGCUAUCCAAUGACCAGUUCCUACAAUGGGGCCAGAAUACGGCGCCCAAUGCCGUGAACCCUUCCUCCUUUACCGAUACCAAUGCCUACAACGCCGCAGCCUCCCUAUCAAAUCAAGAUGUCCCUGCCUCCUCUACCACAGCGAACCAGAUUGCACGCAGACAGCCCCCCAAUCAGCUAAUUAGCCGGAAUCGGGGAUACGAACAAACCCCGCCAUCCUUCCCGGAUCAAGGUGGCGGAUCUCGAGAGGCCGGAGGUUGGACGGAGAGCUUGGAUGAGCUUUACCAGCGCGCGUUGGUCGCAAAGAGGGAAUCACAGGCCAAGCGAAAGCAGAUACCUCCAUUUGUACAGAAGCUGAGCAGUUUUCUUGACGAAUCCAAAAAUACCGAUCUGAUUCGAUGGUCAGACGACGGAAACUCGUUCAUUGUGAUGGAUGAGGACGAGUUCGCUAAGACUCUCAUCCCCGAGCUGUUCAAACACAAUAACUAUGCCUCCUUUGUUCGCCAGUUGAACAUGUAUGGGUUCCAUAAAAAGGUUGGACUUUCUGAUAACUCCAUGCGAGCCAGCGAACGAAAGAACAAAAGCCCCAGCGAAUAUGCCAAUCCAUACUUCAAGAGGGGUCACCCCGAUCUUCUGUGGUUAAUCCAGAAACCCAAGAAUGCGGCCGGUCAAGGGGCCAAGUCUACAAAGGGUUACGUGCGUGUAAAAACCGAGGAUGUUGAUGAAAAUGACAACGAUGAUUAUGGAGACGAUACUGCACCGGCAUCACGAGAUGACCGCUCCCGCAAUGGGCAGCUGUCCUUGGUUUCAGGAAAUCCUAUGCCCAAGGACCAGUUUGCGGGUGUUUACCGCGAGCUGCAAGCCAUUCGACAACAGCAGCAGAUCAUCUCCAACACUAUCAGCAAACUCCGAAGAGAGCAUGAGCAGCUUUACGCGCAGGCUGCCAAUUUUCAGGAGCAGCAUACUCGCCAUGAGAAUUCGAUUAAUGCUAUUCUAACCUUCCUCGCCACCGUUUAUAAUCGCAGCCUCCAGGGCCAGGAGGGGCAAAACCUGGCAAACACAUUCGCCGGGGCGAUCUCUCAGGAUCACCAAGGUAAUGUCGUCGAUAUGGGAGAUAAUUAUUCGCUGAGCACGUUAGGUGCUUCCACAAUGAAUAGUCCUGGUGGACCACGCUCGAUAAAAAAACAACCACUGCUACUCAAGGCGCCACCAGCUCCAGACCGCCUGGGCCGUGCAACAACGCUCUCGCCCGCCGCAAGCACGAGCACAUAUGAUCGCUCACAGUCGCGCAAUCAUAUGCGGCAACCAAGUGCCUCGCAGCCUGGCGUCGUCGAGGAGGUGUUCGACACCAGCCCUAGACCAAAAGAACCGCCACCGCCUCAAUCCCAGCAAUACCCCCAGCGAGAUAUCAUGUCUGUUAUCCAAAACUCAAACGCGCGGAAUGGGGUCACAACCAAUUUCACUGAUUUCCCGAAUGUACUAUCGUCACUUGAAACAUCCGGCGGCAACGUACCGCUCACUCCGAACCAACGAGCGGACAUGCUCCGUCUCAUGGCCAAUGAGACCGCCAACGCCAACUCCAACCCAGGCAUGUCUCAGAAUAAUGCUUUAAUCACGCCGAACCCCCCACCCAUGCCACACAACUACACAAAUCGUCUCGCGAACACCCGAUCUGAGAUCGACAACCUGGCCAAGAUGCAAGCGGAGCAAGACCGCUCCGUGCAGAACCUGACUAACCUGCUCCAACCCCUCAGCCCAACCGGAACCAUCCCUGGAAUUGGAACGGACGGAAGUGUCCCUCCCGCCCCGCUCGACCUUGACCAUAUCUUCAACAAUGACUACUUCACCGACCUUGGCGACCUCAAUCACCACAGUAAAGGCCCCCUGGACUUUGGAGACCCAGCCGACUCGGACCACGCGGCUCCUCCUGGCGAAUUAAAUGCGACCACCGGUGCAGAAGACCAUACAAUCAAAGACGGCAAUGACCUCUUUGAUUUCGACCAUCUCGCCGGCAACGACGAUCUUUUCACCGGAUCCAACCAGCACCAAACGCCCGAUUACUUCCACGGGUUCGACCCCGCGGCGUACGGCAAUAACACCGCCACAUCCGCUGCCGUGAAUCCGGUUAGCAAUCCUUCCGGUCGAGUCGUGGAAACCCUCACAGACAGCGAGGCCACCAGUCCCGCCAACACCGUGGACGACGGCUCCCAGUAUCCCGGUCAGGAUACGGGGUAUGAUUCUCAAGGAGGUAAAGGUGGUGGCGGAAUAGCCAAACGGCGAAAGAAAGCUUAA